AUGGCCCACGCCAAGAGAAAGACUCGAAAGCUUAGGGGACAUGUGUCACAUGGACAUGGACGUAUUGGAAAGCAUAGAAAGCAUCCCGGUGGUCGCGGUAAGGCUGGUGGGCAACAUCAUCACAGAAUCAACCGUGACAAGUUCCAUCCUGGUCUUUUCGGAAAGGUUGGUAUGCGAGUAUUCCAUCUGAACAAGAACCAAUAUUACUGCCCAACAGUGAAUGUUGACCGAUUGUGGUCACUUGUACCUGAGCCAAUCAAGGAACAGGCAACCCCUAGCAAGGCCCCUGUCAUCGACUGCGUGAAGGCUGGAUACUUCAAGGUC